GCUAGAUGGCAGCCUGUUGCAGCAGAUCCCUGUGUUUUAUUGAUAUAUUGUCUUUUUCUUCUACUUUAAUGUUUUAUUCAGCUUUUUUUUUUCGCAUAUUUAUUUAAGCUUUGAACAUCCAUGGCCACGUUCUUUUUCGAACAUUUUCUGGAGAUUUGUCUGUUACUUUUUGUAACGAAAAGCCACGCACAAAGGAUAAACGGCAUUGUUUUCAUCCAUGACCAGCUGAUUACGCUCUGCAAACCCGUGCUGCUGCCCGGAGCCUGGCAUGACAUCCCGGAGGAGCUAUGGAGGCACCUGUAGGGGCUGGAGCCAAGUGGAAGACUGAGAAGAAGAGGCGAUGUAAGACUUCCGUGCCGACAAUUGUAAUGGGGAAUGUGAGAUCACUGGCAAAUCAGAUGGACGAGCUCUGCGUGCUGACAAAGAGCCAGUGGGAGUACCGUGAGUGUAGCGUAAUGUGUUUUUCGGAGACGUGGCUGCACUGGCAUAUCCCGGACAACAGCAUGGCUCUCCCCGGCUUCUCGAGUGUUCGGGUGGACAGGGACGCUAUUCUGAGCUGUAAGAAGAAACAAGGAGGGAUUGCACUGUCAAGACUUUUAUUAUUUUAUCAUUAUUUUUAGCUCUGAAUGAUUUAUUUAAGGGUUUUGUGCCUCUUCGUUUUAUUUUGAAAAGUCUGUUUGGCUUCCGGUGUUAUCGAUGACGGCAGUUGUAACCAGGUUUCGACAGAAGCACACGGCCCAUUGUUUAGUUGAGGGCUUGGAAUUAACAAGGAUUUAUGUCUACACCAAAUAUCACCCCAUGGAUGAGGUCAGACUCGUAUCUAUAUGCAAUUGUAAAACAGAUAUAUACAAGUGGAUGGAAGAUGUCGAGCGAGAGAACCCAGCGCUGGUCUCUUCUGCUGUCUACGGACACACUUUUGGAAGAAAUAUCACACUCCUGAAGUUUGGACUACAAAAGCCAGGGGGCAAAGAGAAGAAGGUAAUAUGGAUGGACUGUGGUAUCCAUGCCUUCUGCCAGUGGUUUGUCAAAGAGAUUAUGACCUCGUAUAAAACCAAUAAGAAGCUGGAGCAGAUGCUGAAGAACCUGGACAUCUACGUUACUCCUGUGAUCAAUGUGGACGGAUACAUUUACACCUGGGUCAAUGAAACCACUCGACUUUGGAGGAAGUCUCGUUCCACCCCUCCUUCGGGCAGUAACUGCCACGGUGUUGACCUCAACAGAAAACGGUUGGUGUGUCAAAUGACAGUAGUGCAAACAUACUGUGGGAAAGCAUCCGGGUCAGAGCCAGAGGCUUCAGCUGUGAUGAACUUAGUUGGUCAGAUGGUUGACCAGACUCUGUGUUUCCUCACCAUCCACUCCGCUGGGCAACUUAUACUCUUACCAUAUGGCCACCCUCAGAUCUCCGCACCCAACUACGAUGAACUGGUGUCAGUGGGUGAGGCAGCAGCAGCAGAGAUGAAUAAGCUACAUGGAAUGGGCUACACUGUCGGAACAUCUCCACAAAUCCUCUAUCCAAACUCAGGCUCAAGCCUCGACUGGGCUCGCCUCAUCGGCAUCCCCUUCUCUUACACCUUUGAGCUGCGAGACAAAGGUGAGUUCAGCCACUUGCUUCCAGAGGAUCAGAUCCAGCCAGCCUGCCAGGAGGCGUACGCAGGAGUUCUCUCCAUCAUCACAUAUGUCCACGACAAGGCCUUUAACAGCGGCGCUGUCCCUAAUGCUGCUGUUUCUGGCGUUGCAUUGGUGAUGUUGAGCUCUAUCAUGGUUGUGUUUCUUCUUGUUGUAAUCAAUCACACAAGGUUUUACCGCAAAUUAGUACAGGCAUUCACCCAAAUUCUAUUAAUGUGGCUAAUUAAGCUAAUAGUAAAACAGCAAAAAUAAUUGCACUAUCCAUACACUGUAUGUUUUUUUACUUGCACUGGCUAUAAAUGUAUGCAUUCUGGCUUGUAUUGUGGAUUUAUAUGGGUCAUUCUAUGAAAACGUGCCAUUUUGUGUCCCUGACACAAAAACUACCCCAUUAAGCUGUAUAAAAGCUGU